AUGGAUGAAAUUGAAGAAAGAAUAGUUGAAAAGAACAAUGACAACACUUCACAGGUAAGAGAAUUUAGUUGCAAGUUUUGCUAUCGAAGAUUUGAAAGUGCACAAGCUCUCGGCGGUCAUCAAAACUAUCACCGUGCCGAACGGAAUGCUUUAAGACUUGCAUCUAAGCAAUGUGACUCCAAGCUCUUCGAACCCUAUGAUUGUCAAAUAACUCCACCUUACUUUUCUCCUCCCUUAGUGUCUUUCCCCACUGGGCAACCUCCUUCAUUUCCUUAUUUAUGUGGCCAUCAACUUUUCCAAACAUCAUUAACCUUUAAGCAGCCUGGGUGCAUUAUUCCUCUUAAUCAACCAUGGAGUUCUUGCCAUGGUGUUGGUAGUUAUUGCAGUAUUGGUGGUGGUAGUGGUGGUGGUGAUGGUGGAGAAGGAGGAAAAAGGUUGAAACUUGGUGGUGAAGUUAACCAAGUGAGGAAGCUGUCUAUUUAUGAUGUAAACUCUGAGGCUCAUAUGAGACAAGGCAAAUAUUACGAGGAUGAAGGAGUCGAUAAAAAUGGAGGUAAGCUUGAUCUUACUCUCCAUCUUUAA